CCCAGUUAUACUGUACACUUUCGUCAUUUUCAACCAUCGCAAGAAGAUAGUGUACAAAUCGUGAAAAUGAAAUUCGUGAUAUUGCUAUCCUUGAUGUGCAUCGGAAUUGGUUAUGCCCAACAACAGUCGGAAGUCAAAUGCUUCAUGGACGCCAUUCCUGUGGGCGAAUGUGGUAGUCGGAUUAUAGGGUAUAGCUAUUCGAGUGUAAGAGCCCGUUGCGUAAACUAUGAGACCAUAGGUUGCGAGGUCAUCGGAAAUUUCUUCACCGACAGGAAAGUGUGUGAGGCCAAAUGCAAACCGCCGAUCAGUUUUAGAAACAAUCCAUUCAGUUAUUAUUUCGAAAGAGCUUUUAACCAGGCCCGCGAUACUUUAAGAAGAAUAUUCAAUCUACCUCAGUAAAAUAAUUAUGUGGAAGAAAUAAAGAAUAUCAAUUUAAUUGCACUGUUAAUAAGCCAG